CACUCACCACAAACACACAGCGAAAAAAGAGCUAGACUGAGAUGGCAGAAACUGCAGUGUCCUUGGCUCGUGAGCAUUUGCUUCCAAAAAUUGUGGAAGCUGUGAAAAUGCUUAGAGAUCUCCCAAAAGAAGUUGCAGACGUUACAGAAGAACUGGAGAGCUUUCAAGAUUUCAUAAAUGAUACAGAUCAAGGGGCUGAAGCUGAAGAAGAUGAUGGUAGGCGUGAUAGAAUCAAAAAAAGGGUGAUGCGGUUGAGAGAAGCAGCUUUUCGCAUGGAAGAUAUCAUCGACGAAUUCUCGAUUCAUGCGGAAAACAAUCCUCACGAUCCUCGAUGUGCAGCUUUACUCUGUGAGGCUGUUGAGUUCAUCAAAACUCGGAUCCUUCAACUUCAAAUAGCAUAUAAGAUUCAGGAUGUGAAAUCACUUGUUUGUGCUGAAAGAGAUGGCUUCCAAAAGCAAUUUCCUUUACCAACAAAACCGAGUGGUUCUAGAGGAAAUCAGAAUGUCACAUGGCACAAGCUUCGAAUGGAUCCUCUAUUUAUUGAGCAAGAUGAGGUUGUGGGCUUUGAGAGUCCAAAACGUACAUUGAAGAAUUGGUUGAUAGACGGACGAGAAGAGCGCACUGUCAUCUCUGUUGUUGGUUUGGCAGGAGUUGGAAAAACCACUCUUGCUAAGCAAGUUUUUGACAACGUCCAUAAAAAGUUCGAGUGCCAUGCAUUGAUCACAGUGUCUCAAUCCUACACUGUAGAAGGACUGCUGAGGGAUAUGUUGCACCAGUUUUGUAAAGAAAAGAUGGAGAAUCAUCCUGCAGAUGUUUCUACCAUGGAUCGACAAUCGUUGAUUGGAGAAGUCAGAAAGCAGUUGCGCAACAAGAGGUAUGUUGUCAUGUUUGAUGACGUGUGGAAUGAAAAAUUUUGGGAUGAUGUUGAAUCUUCUGUAAUUGAUGCUAAAAAUAAAAGUAGAAUAUUAAGUACAACCAGAUAUGAGAAGGUUGCAGAGUGCUGUAAGAAAUCUUCUUUUAUUGAAGUGCAUAAGCUAGAAAAACCUUUAAGUGAAGAAGAAUGUUUCAGAUUGUUUUGUAACAAGGCAUUUAAGUAUGGUUUUGAUGGACAUUGUCCAGAAGAACUUAAAGAUAUAUCUCUUGAAAUUGUUAGAAAGUGUAAAGGUUUACCUCUAGCAAUUGUGGCCAUCGGUGGUCUUUUAUCUCAGAAAGAUUUUUGUGCACACGAAUGGAUACUGUUUAGUCGAAAUCUAAGUUUAGAGUUGGAGAGGAAUUCUGAGCUAAACAGUAUAGCAAAGAUUUUAAGUUUAAGUUACUAUGAUUUGCCAUACGAUCUCAGAUCAUGUUUAUUGUAUUUUGGAAUGUAUCCCGAAGAUUAUGAAGUUAAAUCUCGUAGAUUGAUUACGCAAUGGAUAGCUGAAGGGUUUGUCAAACGUGAAACUGGAAAAACAUUGGAAGAAGUUGCGCAACAAGAGUUAUCAGGGUUGAUCCGUAGAAGUUUGGUGCAAGUGUCUUCAUUUAGCAUUGAUGGCAAGGUUAAAGGAUGUCGUGUUCAUGACUUAAUACAUGACAUGAUCCUUAGAAAAGCUAAGGAAACAGGGUUUUGUCAAUAUUUUGGUGAGCAUAAUGAAUCAGUGUCAAGUGGGAUAGUCAGACGUUUAAUAAUAGCAACAGAAUCCAAUGAUUUGGUUGGAAUUGAAAGAUCACACAUUCGGUCAAUUCUAUUUUUCAGAAGGAGAAGGUUAACUGAACAAUUCGUGGGCAGAAUCUUUUCAAAAUACAUACCAUUGAGGGUACUUGAUUUUGAAAAUUUUGGACCGUUAAAUGUUCCAAAAGCUUUAUGGAAUUUAAUCCACUUGAAGUAUCUAAGCUUUCGGAAUUCAUGGAUAAGAAGUCUUCCAAAAUCCAUUGGUAAGCUCCAGAACUUGGAGAUCUUGGAUGUACGAGGAACAAUGGUGGUUGACAUACCAAAGGAGAUUAGUAAGAUUAGAAAAUUACGUUAUCUUUUAGGUGAUCAAAUAUCUUUUGUUGCAACAAAAGACUGUCUUGGAAGCAUGACAUUCCUGGAAAAGAUACGGGUCCUCAGAGUAGAUGAUGAAGGAGUGGUAAUUAGAGAGCUAGGAAAGCUAAAGCAAUUAAGAAACCUGAGAAUUUCUAGUGUUAGGGCAGAACACACCAACACUCUAUGUUCCUCCAUACAUGAGAUGCAGUUCUUGGAGGUACUACAUAUUCAUGGAAAGUUAAAAAAGUUGUCAAAUUGGAUUCCACAGCUCCAAAAUCUUGUGAAAUUAUCUUUGAAGUUUUCAGAGUUAACUGAUGAUCCAUUGGAAUCACUAAAAGAUAUACCGAAUUUGUUAGUCGUCGAUAUCAGCAAUGCUUACGUAGGUGAAACUUUGUAUUUUAAAGAUGAAGGGUUUCAGAAACUGAAGGAGCUUCGGCUUAAGUAUUUGAACAAGUUGAAUUCCAUCUUUAUUGAAAGAGGAGCAUUGCCGUCUUUGAAAAAGCUUGUGUUAAAGGAAAUCCCAGAACUGAGGAAAGUACCCAGAGGCAUUCAACACUUAGAGAAACUACAAGUUCUGAUUAUCAAGGAUAUGCCACUUCAGUUUGUGCACAGCAUUGAUGGCCAUGGAGGACAAGACCAUUGGAUGAUCCAGCACGUGCCUGAUGUGCGAAAUUCGAACUUGAUUAUUGAAGCUAUUCGAUCUCGAGUCGAGAUAUCAACUAUACUUGAAGGAAGAAAAAGGGAGAAGUUAUUGAGCAAAGGAAGAAGUUAUUGAGGCAAAGGGGAGGGAGAUCGAAUUAAGUGUCAAAAGAAUAUGAGAAUAAUAAUGUUUGUGAAUAUGCCUUUGUUAUAAAAUCAGCAGGACACAAAAAGAUUAUUAAUGACUCAUGAAUAUAUCACCUUCACAGCUUUUUUUUAGUUUUGAAUAAAUUGACUCAUUGAAUUUUAUCCUAUUAUAAAGUGUUUGAUACUGAUUUUCACCACAAUAAUGCAAAUAUUGAUUUUCAUUGCAAUAACACAGACCAACACAUGGAUCAUUCUCUUACAUGUCAUAUUAAAGUGAUUGAACUCUCAACCCUUAUCACUAUUCUAGCUGGACUCACCAUGUAUAUAGUACUUUCAUGUC